AUGCUCCUGGUGGUCGUGGUGGUGCUGGUGGUGGAGCUCCCCGGAGCCCUGCAGAAGUGCAUCUUUGAUGAGGUCCAGGCUCAGAUCAGAGUGGUCAGAGCUGCGGGCGGCCCACCCGGCGAGCCCAGACUCGCAAAUCUCACCCAGCGGGAGCCUCCGCCCAUUUCUAGCCAACACACCAGUCAUCCAAGACGCCCCUCCACAGCCAAUCAGGAUCCAAAGCUGGACUACGAGAGAGGGAGGCAGCCUAUCGGAGACGGAGAAGGGAAGGCUGGAGGCGGCGGUGGAGGAGGCCGUGAGGACGGUGUCGUCUUUACUCUCAGUGACCAGAGGACCGGGCCCACUGCUGCUCAGAAGAGACGUCAACAAAUACUGCAAGUUUCUCUGGAAGAAUUCAAGCGCCAUCAACUACAACAGGUGCGGCAGAGCCGCCAGCAACUACAGAACCGAGACCUGUCUGGACGUGACUGUGAGUACCAGGUGAUUCACGUUCUUAACUUUCCAGCGCUGGAAGAAAACCCUCAGUUGUACGACCGCUGCCAUCGCCAGAUCCCAGACGACCACCUGGCCGGAUGUGACGUUUACCCUGAGGCUGACUCACCUCGCAGGAUCGUUCUGAGGCCCGAAGGCAAUGGCGUCCCCCACGCUGACUACCUGCUUUAUCUCCACGUGCAGGCCACCGACAAGUGUAGAGCGGAGCCUAGUGUGUUGGCCUACGCUGUCCACUGCCAGACGGACGCCCACGGGCGACCCGUGGCCGGGGUGGUGGUCAUCUGCAGGGACCGACUGACAGGAGCUACGUACAGCCACCAGACUACGGUACAGACCGUGAUUCACGAGGUGUUCCACGCCCUCGGUUUCUCCAAGGAUCUCUUCAGCACGUGGCGAGACUGUCCCUCCUCUUCUCAAGGUGGUGCUGGAUGUUCUCCUCGAGGUAAGGUGACUCACUCCGAUGGAUCGGGCCAGGUGAGGAUUUACACCCCGUCCAUCAUUUCGGCCCUGCAGGAGCAUCUGGUGUCCGCUGAUCGCGAACUGGGAGGCCCGUUAGAGAACCUGGAUGCGUCUCCAGGCAGAGCGUCUUCUCACUGGGAGUCCCGGCUGCUGCGGGGGUCCAUCAUGGCGGCGGUGCUGGGAGAGUCGACCACAGUCCGGAUCGACCCCGUCACCUUAGCUGCUCUACAGGACACGGGGUGGUACGCCGUCAACCUGAGCCGGGCACAGAGUCUGGUCUGGGGAAGUGGUGAAGGGGCCAAGUUUGGGUCCUUGUCAACUUGCCAAGACAACUCCUCAUCCUUUUUCUGCUCUGGCAGUGGACCAGGGUGUCACUUUCUUCACCUCCACAAGGGGGAGUGCCAGACUGAUCGAUACCUGGAGGGGUGCCGAGUGUAUAAACCCCUUAAAAACGGAAGUGAAUGUUGGAAAAAUGAAAAUGCCAAGUUUUUAUCUGCUGAAGUUGACUGGAGUGGGGAGAUUUUUGGCGCUGAGAGCCGUUGCUUCUUCUCCAGCCUGAUCAGACAGGGUCAGCUUCUUGGGCUCCACAGCUCUGUGCCGGGUCGAUGUUACAGACACAGGUGCACUGGACCCAACAGGUACCAAAUCCAGGUGGUUGGAUCAGGGUGGGUGGACUGUCCAGCAGGGGGCUCUGUUCAGGUGAAAGGAUACCAGGGUUUCGUCUUCUGUCCAGACAGGAGGUUAUGUCUGUACCCUGACGUCAAGCCUCCUUUAGGUGGCGCCAGCCCUUUUUCAGCUUGCAUCACAUGUGAUCCUGACACUCUAACUCCCACCCAGAACCUGUCCUGGCAUCUCAUCGCACCAGGACACGUUGUCUCCACAGCGCUCUGCUUCACUGCCGCUGUGUGUCUAGUGGCCGCACUGAUCGUGUCUUACAGAAAGUGGCGCUCCUGGGUGAUCAGAAUCAACGCCGUGGCCCCAGAGGAUCCAUAAAAAACAACAGUCAAUGAGACGGAAGCCACAGGUGGGACAGGCACGGACGGAGGGGCAGCCGGCGACCCCCUUCACAUCCCUAAAGACGGCUCCCGGGCAGGUUCUCAGAACUUCCAGUGACUUGUUGAAGCAGCCGUCAUUUGCGCAGCGG